UCGGAGUAGGGAAAAUCAGUCGGUCCGCGCAAGAGGCACAGAGCGCAUGCCCGGCCCGCGCUCCCACGCGCCUGCGUACUCCAGACCUUACAAUCCACGUAAAACACUCGAUGGUAAUCCUAAAACUAGGACGGGACAUGUGUCGUAGUGCAUGAAUGCCACUCAAAGCGUUAGGAUAGGGGCCAAAUUAGAUUUAAGUGUUUCUGAUGUGCAAGGUCGUAUCGUCGGUGUUCCUGCUGCUUCUCGUGUCCCUCGAAAGUCGGGACUGCAUCGCCAGUGCACACAAUGAUCCCAGAAUAUUGCUUAGCUCCGUGCAAGCAUGGGCGGUCAAGCUUGGCACAGAAUUAUACCAUUUCGGCGAGUUUAUUACAAGAAAAAAGGAAGUGCAAGAUAGUUUCAAAUCGGCUCAAAUUGAGUCUCGAGAUGGUGAAAAGCUAGUUCAAAGUAUGUCUGAUGAUAUACGCGCGAUGAUGGAACUCAAGAUAAGCGCUGUCAAAAGAAUAGUAGAAGCAGCAGAGAAUAUGGCCUUUGAUAAACAAAAUGAACCAGUACCUGAAGAUUUCCAAUUUUUCAACAGCAAAGAAAUGGAUGAUCCAUACGACGAACACGCGAUCACGACCACACAAGAGCCAGAAUUCGUUUUUGAAAAUUGGGUCGUGAGGCCACCGACUAAGAACGCUCAUAUGCAUAACAAUCCGCACUUUUCCGAUAUCCCUGUAAAUAUUAACUUCAGCAGUGUCCAUAUUCCAACAAAUGUUUAUGCUUGGGCACCAGAAGUCAUAAAAGGAAUUCAUUGGUCAGAAGGAUUAGACACACAUUUUAUAAACAACUACCAAAGUGAUCCGACGCUAUCAUGGCAAUACUUCGGCAGUUCUACUGGGUUUAUGCGACACUACCCAGCGUUAAAAUGGAGAGCAGAUCCUGUCGAUAUUUAUGACUGCCGAACAAGAGCUUGGUAUAUGGAAGCCGCAGCAAGCCCUAAGGAUGUAGUAAUUCUAGUAGAUAGGAGUGGUUCUAUGACUGGCCAACGGCGUGACAUAGCUAAACAUGUCGUUACUAAUAUUUUGGAUACUCUUGGCAACAAUGAUUUUGUAAACGUGCUGACGUUUGCUAAUACUGUGGAGGAAAUAGUACCUUGCUUUGAAGACUCCCUUGUUCAGGCGACCUUGGGAAAUCUUCGCGAGUUGAAGUUAGGUCUUGACAACUUCGAAACGACGGAGAUAGCAAACUUUUCAGCAGCUUUGACUCGUGCGUUUGAGCUUUUGGAAAUGUAUAGAAAUAAUAGCGGCGGAGCCAACUGCAACCAAGCAAUCAUGCUGGUUACGGACGGCGUCCCAUAUAAUUACAAGGAACUGUUCGAGAAGUACAACUGGAAGUACGAUACUCCUGUGAGGGUGUUCACGUACCUGAUAGGGCGUGAGGUGGCCGACGUGAGAGAAGUGAAGUGGAUGGCGUGCGCGAAUCGCGGCUACUACGUGCACCUGAGCACGCUAGCUGAGGUGCGGGAGCGCGUGCUAGAGCACGUCAAUGUGCUGGCACGCCCGCUCGUGCUGCAGAGAGAGAAGCAUCCUGUGGUCUGGACCCCAGUUUAUGCUAACGUAACGGACCCAAAAGUUGCUGACUAUUUAUGGGAUCAGCGAGAACGAGCUGAACAGAAGGAGCGUUUCAUGAGUCAACGGCGGGAUAAGAAUCUUUUCAACUCAGCACAAGAACAAGAUAGGCGAUGGAGAAUUACCCAGAUGAAACAGGGUCAGUAUAGCGAACUUGGAAAUUCCCAGUAUCAAUUGAUGACCUCAGUUUCGAUGCCAGUUUACGAUCUUCGUCACAACGAGAACAUCACAGAGAAUGUACUGAUAAAUGAAGCUUACUGGGUAUCAGUUACAAAAGAGUCCGUAGAGGAGAACGGCCAGAAGGAGAUGCGUAUAGCUAGACUAUUAGGUGUGGCGGGAACUGAUGUCCCAUUAUCAGAAAUACAAGCUCUCAUGACUCCUUACAAGAUUGGUGUCAACGGUUAUGCUUUUAUAGUAACGAAUAACGGAUACAUACUGAUUCAUCCUGAUUUACGGCCUGUGUUUCAACAAAUAUUGAAACCCAGUUAUAACAGCGUUGAUAUGAUCGAAGUAGAACUUUUUGAUGACGACAGAGGGCCAAGGAAUUUCAGCAAAGAAUUGACUGCGCUCCGAAAAGAAGUGAUCGAUCAGAAAACGGGUAAAAAAAUGAUGAAUACAAAGUACCACAUGGACGACAUGAAAAGGGUGUCCCGUGGUAAGAAGCACUACUACUGGACUGGCAUCAGCGACUCACCCUUCACUCUGGUGGUGGCCAUCCCAGAGAACUACGGCCGGCACCGCAUCACACCGCCGCCUACAGAUGACAUCCACCGCCUCUCGCUCACAUCCAAGAACAUUUCGGCGAGGCAGUACUUGUCCGACAAGUGGAGCGUUCACCCUGAAUGGCUAUACUGUCGCCACUACGAGCGUAACUUCGCGACCGCAGAAGAUGAGCUGCUGUAUUUCCUCGAACGCGUGGCCAAGCCGGGCUGGAGGUGGCCGGCCAAGCCGCGCCCACCGGAGCACCACAAGAACAAACCCGGACACGAGCGACAUAACAACGGCACUCCGGACGCCAAUGAACGCAAUAAGGUAUCGAACAGCACACCCAGGAAUGAAUACUACUGUGACCACGGUUUGAUGCAGGCUUUAGUUUACGAUGCCAGGAACACGGCCUGGUUCAACAAGACGAUAGAGAGCUCUGCGUCUGAUGACAAAGCGGCGGAGUUCAUUCAGCGGUUCGGACACAUCGUCGCGUUCCUGUCGACCCACAGCGGACUGACCCGGUGGCAAACACAUCCAGCCAAGGACCAAGAUGACAAGCCUGAAUUCGGAAAACAGUUCCCGCGUUCUAUCGACGAAGUGUGGUAUCGUCGCGCCGUGGAGCAACACUACAUAGACCCAUUGAGCUACGUGUACAGUGUAGUUAUGAACACGGAUAAAUUCCCCUUGAACGUGAGCCAGGCCAUGAUCACGGCAUCACACGCGGUCUUCCAUGGAGACACGCAUAGGAAGGCUCCCGCAGCUGUCGUGGGCUUUCAGUUCAAGCAUGAGAGACUGAGCGAGUGGUUCGAGAAUAUUACUUCUUCAUGCGAACACAACAAGGAAUGUGUAACAUGUUUAAGUGAAGGUUGGGACUGCUUCUUAGUGGACAAUAACGGUUGGAUAGUAGUCAGCGAAGAUGCUAAACAAACUGGACAGUUCUUCGGGAAAAUUCGUCCAGAUAUCAUGUCCAAGUUGAUAGAAGAGGAAGUGUACAAGGCCGUGCAUAUCGUGGACUACCAAGCAGUUUGUUUCAGAGAGAGAAAAACUACUAAUUUCGCAUCAGUUUUAACAACGCCACUAGAAAAUAUGCGGAUGGUAAUGGCAUGGAUCCUAGCGAGUGCCAUCUGGCUCUACAACUCCAUCGCCGUGACCGUCGCCCAAGCUUCAGGUUACCCUGCUCUGGACUACGCUUACCAGAGCUACGAAAACGAUGAAGAAAUGUACGAAUACUCUUCGAGGCCGCCUUCAAAAGGGCAAGAGAGGGAUUUUGAGAAACUUGUUCUGAUAAAUAGGACAAGACCUACUCCGUGCGACCGAGAAAUGUAUCUUUACCAGCUUGAGUACAGCAAUUUGGAUGACAAACUCAACCAGCCAGUGGCCAACUGUGAGAGGCCUUAUUAUGUGCAGUUAGUUAAUUAUACGAAUAUGCUGAUGAUAGUGGUGGACUCGGUCUGCCCGAAAAGGGAGGGGCCGAUCAUGUCGAUCGAUCCGACGGAGGUGCAAUACAAUGAGUCGCUGCCGUGUUUGAAACACAUGCACCCUCUGUAUAGAAAGCAACCGACAUCUUGCAUCAGGAAUCAUACCGAAGAAAGUAAUAUUGAUAUGUGCGGGCGAUGCAGUUUGCUUCAGCGCAAUACGGUUUGGCUCUCGCUGAUCUUCAUGCUUCGUUAUUUUUAAAUCGUGAAUACAGAGAAACAUUUUAAUUUACCAUCAUCAAAGAAUUUAAUAUUUUACAGAUUUAUUAAACUAUGAAAUGUUGUUUAAUUUUUAUUGUUGCAUAGCUAGUACAGUUUAUUAAGCUGUUACAUGACAUGAAACAUCUAGUCUUUAUUACUUAGAAAUGAUAAAUAUUUUUUAGAAUAAACUAGAAAUUAUACAUGUCAUUCCUACAUAUCGUAAAAAUAAUAAAUUACCUUAUUAAAACAAUGUUAUUUUGUUGAUAAAAUAAUUUAUUAUAGGAUGCUCCAAAGGUGCCACAAGUAGAAGGCAUUUCAUUUUCAUAUCAGAUGUCACAUUAUUCUAAAUUUUAAAGAAUUUUAUUUGAGCUAAAUGUGAGA